UCGGUUCAUUCAUUUCUAUAAAAUCAAAACACCGGCUUUUGUAUGAGUAGUUUCGUUAGAAGUUUUGAGACUUUUGAGUGUUUGUUGUCUUAAUUAGAUCAAAUUGUUCGUUAAAUAAGCCAUGCCGUCGUCUUUAGACACCGUCUGCAUUAAAAUAGGCUGCGUAAACUACAACCACUGCGGAUUUCAGCCUGAAAAUGAAGAAACAAGGGAGGUUUGGAGACAGUGGCUGCUGCAAGGAGGCCUCGGCGAAGAAGAGUUUAUAUUGGAGCAAGAACUCCGAGUCUGCUACAGACAUUUCGACCACAAACAACUGACAGUGAUCAACAACGAAGUGAAUUUGCUUCAUCCUGAUACAGCAGUUCCGAAACUCUAUCCUUGUGACUGGGACAAGCGCAAGCCUGAGGACCAAAUUUUGCAUUAUGAAGCGUGCACUGCAUUGACAACCGACGUCUACAGGGCGAACUUGAAGAGAACUAAGAGAAAGCUUGCCAAUGAACGGAAUAAUAUUAGUCUGAGCUCCAAAACUGCUUCCGAGGAAACAAUAACAGCAGCCAAAAAGCCUAAAAAAGUUCCUAAACCUGAGGAGGCCAAACCUGAAAAAAUUAUUAAUUACGAUAUCCUUUUUUCGACGGCGGCAACUUUAAGUCAAAACAUCCUCGGAGCUCACAGACUCAUCCCUUUUGCACCAGUCUCACAUGCACCAGAUGGGUCUGGUGAUAAUGAAUCUUAUCAUGCAAUGAGUGAAGUUCGGGAAGCUCUUUUAAGACAUGACUGGGAUUUGGCUCUGAAACUCCUGCCGAUGCUGUUUAUGAAAAGACACUGCUUGCAGUUUAUCUGGAGGUCGUACUUGCAAAUUUUCUGCCACCACCCGAAUUCGACGCCCGAACUGCUUAGAGAACUUUUAGAGACAUGCUUUGGUAAAAUUUCCAUUCCCACCACGGACUUGGAAAAAGUAUUCUGCUUGCCCAAGCCGAGCGAAGAGAAUCUAUCCAAAAAGGAUCCGGAGGAAAUGUUCAAAAUGUGUUCGAUUGUGUACCAAAAAGCUUCUGUAAUUCACAAACUGCAGCAAGACAUCCCAAGUGAAACGAUAAGAAAAUUUACAAAAAACGUCAAUGUUCAAAAGAUUAACAGUGGCGAUACCAAGAAAAAAGCUAAGAGUGGUAAAACUAAAAGUAAUAAAUAAACCGGAGACGGAAUAUAAGCCGAUAAAAA